AGUACGAGACUUUGGGUCAAGUUCCUCGGCAUCAAUAGUCUUGCGAUCAGCUGUUACCGACAUACCGUGACACCGUUAGCAGUACGUUUGCUCCUGGCGUUCAGUCACCAUGAGGAUUCGAUGGCAAUGGAUCAUAGGUUUUGCGGGACUGGCAUUAGUGGGGAGGGCAACAGGUCAGGAGAGUUCGACCACCAGUGCUCCUGAGGAUCCCAAAAACGCUCCAGCGGAGACCAACACCACCGACACCUCCACCAAGGCCCCACUGACAGGCAACCCUCAGAUCGACUACAUUCACGACCCCAAUUUGCCUCAUGAGCUGAGGGGAUAUGACCUGAGCGAUUAUCCUUUCUAUGCCAGACUUCCAGAGGACCUCCUACUCCCGUCAUUUAAUUUCUCCUGCGACAACCGCCAUGAUGGGUUUUACGCCUCUGUCCCUCAUAAGUGUCAGGUGUAUCACAACUGCCUCUUCGGACAACGGUAUGACUUUUUGUGUGCUAAUUACACCGUCUUCGAUCAAAAGAAUUUCAUCUGCCAUUACGUAAGCGAAGUAGACUGUAAAAACUCAGCCUUGCAUUAUGACAGAAAUGAUGAAUUGUACGAAACGACGACGACCACCACAACGACACAUGCUCCACCUCAAGUCAUUUAUGUGGAGAGACCGAGGCCUCCCCCGAGGCCUUUGGGCGGCCCUGGAGCAAUCAGACCUAAACGACCUCGUCCUUUUGGUGGAAAUAGGCGACGUCCAGGUAAUAGACGCACCACUACAACUCCUGCCCCCGUCUACUAUGACGAAUACUAUGACGAGUAUUACGAUCAAUAUUAUGACGAUUACUACAAUGACUAUGCAGAUGGCAAGUCAACCACCACCACCACCACUACUACUCAAAGACCAAGGCGUCCUCUCAGCUCUCAGAGAAGACCAGGAGGUCAAGGAGGGGCGAGGCAGUCUGAGAGAGCUGGGAAUGUUUUCAGUGUUAAAGAUCGCAAACGUCCAAGGAUAAAUCGUCCUGUCCCUUUGGAUGCUGAACUUCCCUCUCAAGGCCCUCGUUCAUCCCGCUUGCAACAGGCAUCGGCGCCAAACCAACAAGAAUUGGAAGAUGUUCCAGCUGACAGUCCUUCAGAAGGACCAAGAAGAAGACGUCCUGGUCGUAAGCCACGUCCCGGAUCUCGACCUCCCAAGAAAACAACAACAACUACUACUACAACUGAAUCUGCUCCAGAAGAUGAAUAUUAUGAAUACUAUUAUGACUAUGCUGAUGAACCGACAACAACAACAACAACAGAAGCUCCAAAACGUUCUGCAAGACCUGGUCAACGUACCAGGACUGGUGGCUCUCAAAGAAGACCACAAAAUCGAUCGUCACCUACAACAACAACAACAGAAGCAACGACAACCACUGAAGCAGAAGAGCCAACUGGAGAAGAAUCGAGAGGUCGAGUCACUCGCCCAGGAAGGGUCAAUGUUAGGAAGAACCCACUCAGCAGUCGCAAGGAACCUAUUGAAGGUGCGGUGCCUUUGGAACCUCUUCCUAUCCAGGAAACACCUGAAUCAGACAGGCCACGACCAUCACGUCUGAGACCACAAUUCCCUAGAAAUAGGCCAGGCCCUGUCACUACCGAGGAAGAAGAGGUUGCAGUAGACGAGCCUUCUGAGACUGACGCAGCUCCCGUAGCUGAGAGCUCUAAUACAGAGGCUGCUGAACCUAAGAGAAGUAGACCAGGUUUAUCUCGAUCACCAAUUAGACGAUUGGGUCAAAGCGGAUCUGGCAGGCCGGGGUCAUCUCAGCAAAGGGGACAAGUGCGCCAACCUGAUCCCGACUACUAUUAUGAUUAUUAGCACUGAUAUUUAUUAUGUACAGUCACUACCUUCAUUUUGUUUUGUAAAUUAGUUGAAUUGUUUAUACAUAAAUCUUUUAAUAAACAAAUUUUGAUUUCUA